AAAUGGCCAAUUGGCGGGGCACCAAAAAUAAAAAGAAAACAAAGAGUCGACGAUUCAAAGCUUCGUCGUCUCUAACGAAUUUGCGAUAAUUUCGUUUGGUAGUGAUCGCAUCAAUCGAACAACAUGACGAGCUUCCGAUUCUUGUUCAGCAAUGGCGCCUUAUUGCAAGGCUCCGAAGUUCCUCCGGUCGCCACCUUCCUCGAAACUCAUCCUGGUGCUUAUACAACUACUCGGUCACUUAACAAUGCGUCAAGCAUUCUGUUUUGGGAUAGGCACAUGAAAAGAUUGACUCAAUCGGUGAAAAUUUUGUCGAAUUCAAGUCCAUUACUCUUGUCUGAAUCGAACAGAACGAUCAAUGAACUUGUAAAACCGUCGUGGAUCGAUUCUGUUCCUUGGGAACCAGCUAUCCGUACACUUGUUGAUGAUUCAAUGAGAAAAGUGAUGUCAACUGCAUUGAAUGAGAAAAUUGAGGGAGAAGAAUUGUCAAUUACAGUGAUUGUGAGUGUGAAUUUGGAAAAUUUGGGUGAAAAUUAUAGUCUUGUGGAUGUAGAAAGAGUUAAAGAGGCUCUUGGUGUGCAUGUAUAUGUUGGUAGUUAUGUUCCUCGUGAAUUUGGUGUCCCAGAAAAUGGUGCGAAUCUGGCUGUGGUGGGUCGAGGGAGGGAUGUUGCUGCGGCUAAGUAUUCAGAUUGGGUUAGGCGUAGGAAGUCUCUGGAAAAAUUGAGGCCUCCGUCUGUGUCUGAGCUUUUAUUGUCGAACGAUGGUGACCAGAUACUUGAAGGCAGCGUGACAAAUUUUUUUGUUGUUUGCCGCAAGGAAAAUAGUGAAUCUAAAGAAACAAGUGUUCUUGAUUCCAAAAGUAAAUAUUCCUUUGAACUUCAGACAGCUCCCAUUAGUGAUGGUGUUUUGACUGGAGUGAUUCGUCAAUUAGUCAUCGAGGCUUGUUCGAGCAAGGGCAUUUCAUUUCGAGAAGUUGCACCUACUUGGUCAAGUAAUGAAAUAUGGGAAGAAGCAUUUGUUACAAGUAGCUUGAGAAUCUUGGAGCACGUGAAUACUAUUUGCAUCCCUAGCGUAUGGAACUUGCUCGAUUCGAAAACCUGGAGUGAGAUAUCAUGGAACAAGAAGUCAUUUAAGGAUGUUCCUGGGAUGAUCUCAAGUACAAUCCAGAAAGAGAUAAUGGAGAGAGCCGUCUCAGAAGCAUUCCCGAUUGGUUACUUCGUGUAAAAGGUGCUAUAAACAACUCUUGUAGACUAGAAUAGGGUGAAUUAUUUGCUGAGUAUAGAUGUUUGUCGGUAAAUUGCGCAUAAAAUUAACAGCCCUAAGCUGAAAUUAGGACCUAGUAAAAACAACCUACAUAAUGGUAAUGCCUACAAAGUACAAAUAUGGAUAUGACACAAACACACUGACAUGUCAUCUUUUCAAACUUUAGGACUUGAUACAAGGACAUAUUUAUUAAA